AUGCCCCAGUCCCGCAGAGGACGGGGACCCCGCCUGGCAGGCUCCCGAGUGGCGAACACUAGCCUCCCGCGGGCGCCGGCCCAGUUGCCGGGGCGAGCCGUCCGCGGGGGCCCGCCGUCGAGCCAUGCGCAGCACCUCACCCGGCGGCGCCAUUCCUCGGAGCAGGUCCCAGCAGGGCCGGAACCGCAGACUGACUUCCGCUCGGGAAAGUGGCUCCAGGAGCGCGCCGGAGGAGACGCCGGGGACUCGCGGCAGGCUCCGCGUGCUAAGAUGGGCUCUAAGAGCAGGAUCCGUAGUUGGGAAGUAGUGAUCCCUUAUGCUUCUGACAGUGAUUCAGGAAGUGUGGAUUUGCAGCUGAGCAACUUAGAGGAUAUUGAAAAGGGUCCAAGUAGCCUUGGACUUACAGACUCAGACAUCUCUGUCAUCUCUUGACUCUCUCUGGAAUCCUUCACAGAUAGGUUCAGAAACCUAACCCGCGAGGACCUCUUCAGCGAGGCCACCGUUGAGAAGCUGAUCGAGUCCAUCCAGGAGUUUUUUAAUGGUGAGCUAAAGAGUGAACAUGAGAAGCUGACAUACCUAAGAUCUUUGUCUUCGCUCAGCCGAACCUUACCUUAUGAUGAAACCACGGAAUCAUUCAUUCACAGCCACAUCGCAGACAUUGUGCAUGUCCUAUACAUUCUGGUGGAAGAGGAGCCCCUGCAUUCUCUCUUCAGCCCUGUGCGCCAGGAGGUCUUUGUCACCAUCACUGACCUCAGUUACCAAGAUGUCCAUUUGCUCUUUGGCUCUGAAGAUCGAGUGGACUUGUUCAGUCUUAUCACCAAAAGUAUAAUCACUCUGCCAUCUGAAAAAGCUCUUGCCCAGCUGCAGGAAAUCAUGCCAAGUGGGUCCUGCAACUCAGAGUGUCUCUACAGGCAGACGUUUCAGGUGUUCUCUGAGAUGCUCCAGAGUUUGGUGGUAAAAGACCCACAUUUGGAAAAUUUUGACAUCAUUUUGAAGCACAUGGACCCAUGGUUACAGUCGGUUAAAGACCACGAGCGGGAGCGGGCCACAGCCAGCGUGGCUCAGGUUCUGAAGUGCUUGUGCAUGCAUCUCAACUUGAAGCUUCCACUGCGGUUCCAAAGGCUUGGACACCUAGUGGCUCUGAUGGUCCUACUGUGUGGGGACCCACUGAAAGAGGUGGCCGAGGAGGCUGCAGAGGGCGUGCACUACCUGCUGCACAUCACCCUGCGGCUGAAGUAUAUCACCGAGGACAAGAAAAAUCACCUAAUCUUGAGAGGAGCAAUGAAAAACUGUGAAGAACUCCUAGAGUUCUACAGUAGUAAACAGCUCUACAGCUGUCCCUUCAAAAUCGCCAAGAUCUUCGAAGUUUUCCUCGAUUCAAAUGAGCUCUGCCAGUUUGUGCUGACUGUAUUGGAUGGCCUAAAAAAUCUGAAGCAUUCCGGCACACAGCAAUUAGCCGGAGAAUUGCUGGUAUCAUUGGUGGAAAGAGCGGAGUCCCGAUUUGAGAAGGUGCCGGAAAUUGUGGACUUUAUCUGUGCGCAGCUAUCCAUGGUCAGCCAGCCUAGUGUCCGCCAACAAGUCAUAACUAUCCUGAGUUUUUUUAUCUCCAGGCCCAAGUACACAGAUACAGUGAUCAGCCACCUUCUGUAUCAUCCAGUCCCGUAUGACAGGAAUCUGGUUGACAUGUGGAGAGCGCUGAAGGUGGAGCUGCCCAGCAUAGCCGGGAUUCUGCCGAGGCUCCUGAGGAAGCUGCAGAAAUGCCAUAACGAGCCCACCCAGGAGAAGAUGGCCUACGUGGCUGUUGCUGCAACAGAUGCCCUCUAUGAGGUGUUUAUGGGAAACCAGCUCCGAGAAGCUGUGUUCCAACUCUUUCCUCAGCUUCUCAUGACACUGCUCAUCCAGAUUCACCACAGCAUCGGCCUCACCAUGUCUGAUGUCGCCGUCCCAGCUGGCCUGUACACAGAACAGAAAAUGUCUUCAAAGGUCACCCCUCUGUGCUUCGCCAUGCAGGCUACAAAGGCUCUCCUCCUCAGAACAUUGUGCUUGCAGGAAUUCAACAUCAUGGAAAAGAAUGAAGGAUGGACCCUCCUGGCAGGAAAAGAUUGCCAUCUUCAGGGAGUAUCUCUCCUGGCCAAUGCAUUGCUGAAAAGAAAUUGCAUCUUUGCACAUAAGAUCUUGUACUUGUUAGUCCCUCUUCUUAACCGAGGGAAUGAUAAACAUAAACUGACAUCUGCAGGCUUUUUUGUGGAGCUUCUCCAGAGUCCAGUGGCUAGGAGACUGCCCAGCAUAUACUCUGUUGCCCGCUUGAAAGACUGGCUACAUCAUGGAAAUAAUCUCUUUAAAAUUCUCGCCCUGAGGGGACUGCACUAUCUUAUCAGACACCAGAAUUUGAGGGAAGACAUCAGGAGCCUGUUGCCGUGCCUCUUGGACCGGUUGUGUGAAACAGACGAGAAGAUUGUUUUGCUGGCCAUCCAGAUACUCCUGCUGCUCGUUAGGACGAUGGAUGUCUCCACACUGACUGCCAUGAUGAGGACGCUGUUCUCCUUAUUUGGUGAUGUGAGACCUGAUGUUUGUUGUUUCUCCAUGACCCUCUUUGGAGCCUCCAUAAAGUCUGUGAAAGACACAGAUAAGAAAGGUGUAGAGAGCCAAGUCCUCGACAGCUUGGUCCCACUACUUCUGUAUUCCCAGGAUGAAAAUGAUGCAGUAGCUGAGGAGAGCAGGCGAGUCCUAACUACAUGCGCCCAAUUCCUGAAGUGGAAGCUGCCCCAACGAGUGUACUGCAAAGAUCCCUGGUACAUCAACCCUAGAGAAGUUGAAACAAUCUGCAAAUUCUUAGGAAAAAAAUGCAAGGGGAAAGUUAACAUCCUAGCCCAAACACUGAUGUUCUCCAAGAAUGCAAAACUUCCUAUCAGAAGAGCAGCAGUCUUGUUUGUAGGGCUAUUUUCAAAGUACUUGGACCACAACGAGCUCAGGAUGACGGGUACUAAGUGGAUAGAGGAUGAUCUGAGACAACUGCUGCAUGACCCUGAGCCCUCUCUGCACAUCAUCGCCUCCCAAACCUUGCUACAAAUCCAGAAGGUGGGGGCUGAACCAGAUCCUGAGCAGACAGUUUGCAGGUUGAGGAAGCUCAUGGGUUGUCUUCCUACCUAGAAACGCAAGGCAAGCAACAUCAGAGAGAAGUCUCCACUAAGAGACAGAGGAAUGCCCUUUGCUGAACUGCCUCAGCAGUUUGGGACGAGCUGAAGCAGCACUUGAUGGUGAUUACAAUACCAAGUUCAUUUAUUCCAGAUAUCUCCAUUAUUUUUAUACAAGGCUCUCCUCAGAGAUAGGUUUAUGUUUUUAUGGAAUUUUUUAAAUGUAUAAAACAAAAGUUUCUGGACAUUUAAUUUUGUUGUAAUAUGUUGAAAUAGAAGUUCAAUAUAAUUGAAUAUUAUUUUGGCUUUAUUUUUAUUAUAUAGUAUUAAAAUCUAUUAUUCAUUUACCCAUUACUUGCCCAGCUGUCUUUAUUAUUUUAGAUUUUCACUUUUUAAAAUUGCUUUUCCUCCUUAUACCGAGAUACCUAUUUUAUAAGAAAUUCAUUUUUUCUCUUAUUGGAAGAUUAAACUACCGUGUAAAUAAAAGAUGGGAAUGGGUGAGGGGAGAAUCUCUCAGGCAUCAGCCCUGGCAAAUAAAACAGUACUAGGUACAAUUAUAAAAUAGGCCAAAUCUCCCUGUCCCUUCCAGCUUCCCCUCCUUCCAAGUUCUAGAUUCCAUGCUCCUUUUUCUCUCUUUCCCUCUUAGGAAAGGAUCUGGUGAAAUCACUGUUAGUGUGAGUGAUUAAUAACGCAAGACUUAAUGAGGUUAACUCUUCCAGAGAUUUUUGCUUUUUAACAAAGUACAGUCUUAAGUCAAAGGCAUGAACCUGUGAGAUCUUUUAGGCAUUACUCAGCAGGAUGGAGGAAGGAGGUAUUUGGAGAUGGACUUAGAGGUGAUAGUGGGAAAUAGAGAUUUUCCUGUCAUCCCUGAAAUCAUAUAAGCAGCUGCUUUCCCUACCUCUGCCCAAACCCUCCUUAGAACUCAGCAGAGUGAAAGGAUUAGAAAGAAUAAUUAACAAUUGCCUUCUGUUAUGCAAAACACAAAGGGAAGCAAUGGAUUCUAUCGUUCUUGAAAAAUGGAGAUGACUGCCCAGCACAUAGGAUGGCUUCCCUUAUUUAAAUACCGAGUGCCAAUUACUGAAUGAUUCAGUUAUGUCUUCUAUACUUUCUCUCACCCUAGAGUUUAUCGUCCGAUGUCCAAGGAAGACAGCACUGGUUUUAAAUGGUUCCUGUGGAUACUAAUAAUUAUCCAUCAGGACUCACAUAACGGAAGCUGCCCCAGUGGCCCAACCCACAUCACAAAUCUCAAGUCAGCCUGCACUUACGGAAACACCUGUCAAGAAAACCUAACAUACACCGGUCACAAUCCUCCAACUCAGCUUUAGCCAGCUUACCUUACCCUAGAAAAUAGGACCUGCUAGCCUUACAAGCAAAUCCCUGACCUCCUAGCCAGGAACUGUGCUAGGUAAUUAGGAAACAUCAAGAAAUAAAACAGAACAAGCCCUGGCUGGUCAGUUCAGUUGGUUGGAGCAUCAUCCUAAUUCAAAAAGGUUCCAGGUGUGACCCCUGGUCAGGUCACACAGAAGGAGGAACCAAUGAAUGCAUAAAUAAAUGUUUUUCUCUCUCUCUAAAAGUCAAUCAAUAAAAAAAUUUUUGUAAAAG